GCAAAAGCAAGUCUAAUUGGAAGACUGGGUUCUUGGGAACUCAAUAAGAAUUACUUAAGAAUUAUAACAUAUGACCUUUUAGGAAGGACUGCCAGAAAUGAAGGAGAAAAGCUAACUUUUCCCUGAACAGAGAUUUUUCUUAUCGCUUCUGUAGAGACAAACUUGCGUAAACUUGAAGCAUGCAUUAAUGUAGAAGAAAGUGGUCUGUCCCAAUGCACCCAGCAUCAACAAAGGAUCUCAAGUAGGGACGACGGGAGAUGGAGAAAAAACAGACAUUUUCAAGUAAAGCUGCGGCCAGGUGACACACUGCACUCUGAUGGAGGAAGUUCAACUAUAGGGGCAUUGUGCCUGACGAGAUGCUGCUCUCCAUAGGGAUGCUCAUGCUGUCGGCCACACAGGUCUACACCAUCUUGACGGUCCAGCUCUUUGCCUUCUUAAACCUGUUGCCAGUAGAGGCGGACAUUUUAGCAUAUAAUUUGGAAAAUGCAUCUCAGACAUUUGAUGAUCUUCCAGCAAGAUUUGGUUAUAGACUUCCAGCUGAAGGCUUAAAGGGUUUUCUGAUUAACUCAAAACCAGAGAAUGCUUGCGAACCCAUAGCACCUCCACCACUAAAAGACAAUUCAUCUGGCGCUUUCAUCGUGUUAAUUAGAAGACUUGAUUGUAAUUUUGAUAUAAAGGUAUUAAAUGCACAGAGAGCAGGAUACAAAGCAGCCAUCGUGCACAAUGUCGAUUCCGACGACCUCAUUAGCAUGGGAUCCAACGACAUUGAUGUGCUAAAGAAAAUUGACAUUCCAUCUGUAUUUAUUGGUGAAUCAUCAGCCAAUUCCCUGAAAGAUGAAUUCACAUAUGAAAAAGGGGGCCACAUUAUCCUGGUUCCAGAAUUUAGCCUUCCUUUGGAAUACUAUUUAAUCCCCUUCCUCAUCAUCGUGGGCAUCUGCCUCAUCUUGAUCGUCAUUUUCAUGAUCACAAAAUUUGUCCAGGACAGACAUAGAGCUAGAAGAAAUAGACUUCGUAAAGAUCAACUUAAGAAACUCCCUGUACAUAAAUUCAGGAAAGGAGAUGAGUACGAUGUGUGCGCCAUUUGUCUGGAUGACUACGAAGAUGGGGACAAGCUCAGAGUCCUGCCCUGUUCCCACGCUUACCAUUGCAAAUGCGUAGACCCUUGGCUGACCAAAACCAAAAAAACCUGUCCAGUCUGCAAGCAGAAAGUCGUUCCUUCUCAAGGAGAUUCAGACUCUGACACGGACAGCAGCCAAGAAAACGAGGUGUCAGAACACACCCCUUUGCUGAGACCUUUGGCUUCUGUCAGUGCCCAGUCCUUUGGGGCUUUGUCGGAAUCCCACUCCCACCAGAACCUGACGGAAUCUUCAGACUAUGAGGAAGAGGACAACGAAGACACCGACAGCAGUGACGCAGACCAAGAGGCCACCGAGCACAGCGUGGUGGUACAGCUGCAGGCCAGCAGUGAGCGGGACCACAGCCUGGCCAACACGGUCUGACCGUUUCCCUUGGAAGUGUUUACCUAGGUAUGUGAUUUGAUUUUGCUCCCUUUAGAGGUCUCUGUAGAGUCAACUUAUUUCUAGCAUCCUGCUUUCAGCCACGAUGAAACCGGCUUUGGCUCGGUACUUAGCUGCAGGCGCGGGCGUCAUCUCACUAGUAACAGACUGCUGUCACUCAGGCAUCACACGAGCUCUUCGGGGAUGGAACUUAGCCAGAACAUUUUAAAAACCUCCAUAUAGCUUGCAGUUAAGACAGACCACAGUACGGGAAUGCCUUGUGCUUUGCACACGCAGUCAGUCCUGCGACAGCCAGCUUGAGCUAGCCUGCUCUCACCUUGAGCUGUGCUGCUCCCCAGAUUGCCAUCCUUGGGGAGAGGCAACAAGUGACUUAGUGUUUUUCCUCCCGUCAGCACCAGACUUGAAGCUGUUUCUUUCCUGUUUCCAAAUAGUCUGAUCCUGAUAGGAAAGUCUACGACUAGUGCAGAUUUUAAGUUUUUUUUUUUUUUUUUUUUUUUUUAAUGUUUUAAUACUAUAGUGUUAUGUAUGAAUUUGAAUCAACAGUUAAGGUGACGCCUUGGGACUUUACUUGCUGAACUUCAGUAUCCAUAAGGGUUCUGUGUUGUGAUCAAAGCGAAAGGAAAACGCUGCAUAAAAAUACCAAACUUCAGCAACUAUUAACUCAAAUCAUAUACCUCUUAAUAAAGAGCAUCUUAUGCUAACUAGUCCUGCGAAACUAUGUACAGAGAUUGUUCAAGUACUGAAUUUGAAAAUAAGUGCUUAUGUUUAACAGAACUAAUGUACUAAACAUUGUAUUAUGAAAAGGUAGAUUAUAUUAUACAUCACUGUAACUACUGUAGAAAAUAUAGACUUCUGUAUGAUCAAAAUGCUAAGAGUUUUUAUAUGGCCUUGAGCGGAAUUUGAAUGUUAAUAAACGUUUUCCACUUUAA